CCGAUCUAUCUUCUGCCAUCUUCGAUCACUUUGUUCGUUGGUCGCUUUCCUCGCUGAUCCCUCCAUCUCAUCGGCCCCGCUUCUUACUUCUCGAUCCAUCUCCAUCUCACCUCAAACACCAUGCAGUCCACGCAGCCGGUCGCCUCAUCCUCCUCCACUCCGGUAGGACCAAACGCAGACCGUCUUUAUGUUGGGAAUCUUUCCCCCACCGUCGACGAGUUUACCCUCAUCCAGAUCUUUUCAAAGUAUGGUAAGAUCACAAAACUCGACUUCAUGUUCCACAAAACAGGGAUUCUCAAGGGAAAGCCAAGAGGAUUUGCGUUCAUUCAGUUCUUAGACAAAGCAGAUGCCUUGAAAGCAAUGGUCAAACUUCAUGAUCGACUCCUUCGAGGCCGUAAACUUGUAGUUACCUACGCCAGCACGGCGCCUCCUGACAAUUCCAUGUUGCCUACUAAAGGUCGUAGAGCGGAACCCACUAAGACUACCACUCUAUCAUUAUUGAAGAGCCAACGCAAACCUCAAUCUACUGCUGCCCAAAUAGCAGCCAUGGAAGCUAAGCUCGCUUCGAUGCAACAACGUAAACCCCCCGACGAGAAUUGGAUUCCAGGCUCAGGUGUCGGGUCCCCCGCCGAGGCUUCCAAUAGCGCAUCACCUAUCCCAAACCUACCUGCAGAGGAGCUACUAGGAGAUAUUGAAGGGGAAAAGGCAGCAGCGGAGCUCGAAAGAGAAAUGCAGUCCGAGCUGGUAGGACAAAGGAGUGAUGCUGCUCAGAAAGACGAAGUAACAGCCGAACCAUCAAGCAAAUCGCCUGUUUUGUCGGAUAGCUCUCUUCCAUCUGUGGCACAGCACAAAUCGUUAGUGCAAGCGCAGCCAGUCAAAAAAGGUUUUGCGUCUUUACCCAAGAAACCCGUGUUCUGAACAAUCAUAUGAAACUAUCUUUAAUAUAUAAUUUGUAAAACUCUGGUCUUUGUAUGCAC